AUGAAGUUCUGUGCCGUGUUUGCGCUGGUGGCCCUCGCGCUGCUCAGCCAGGGUGGUGCCACCGAGCGGGUGUCCUAUCGGAACUAUAAGGUGUACAGCAUCCAGGUGGAUAGUGUCGAAAAGCAUAACAUUCUGAAGCGCUGGGAGGAUCGGAAGGGGGUGGACUUUUGGGAUCGCGCUGGCUACCGUGUGAUGAUUCACCCGACUCUGCAGGACGCGUUCGAGCGGUUCCUGAGCGCGAACAGAUUCACCUACGAGCGCAUUAUCGAGGAUGUUGAGGCCACCAUUGAAGCUGAACGGCAGUACGAUCAGGAGUACCGUCGGCGUAAGGAUGCCACUGGACGUGCCACGGUCGAUUUCGAGCACUUCUGGACGAACGCGGAAGUGAAUGACUACUUGGAUGAGCUGGCACGCACCUAUCCGAGCCUGGUGAGCGUGGAGACGAUUGGAUCAACCCAUCUGGGCAAUCCCAUCAAGUCUAUCAGCAUUUCGACUAACGGAGGUGUGGCUGGAUCGAAGCCGGUUGUGUUCAUCGAUGGCGGCCUCCACGCACGUGAAUGGGCUGGUGUGAUGUCGGUCCUCUACCUGAUCCACGAGCUGGUCGAGCACUCGAGCGAUUAUGCCGAUUUGCUGAACAAGGAUUGGGUGAUCGUGCCCGUGGCGAACCCUGAUGGGUACGGUUUCUCCCACACCGACAACCGCAUGUGGCGUAAGAACCGCUUCCCUGCGACGAUCCUCUGCACUGGUAUCGACCUAAAUCGUAACUGGGCCUAUCAAUUUGUUGCAUCUACUAAUGCGUGUUCGGACUCGUACACCGGUACGGCGGCGUUCUCAGAAUUGGAAACGCAAGCCCUUGCCCACUCCAUGCGCCGGUAUGGAUCGAACAUCGCCUUGUACCUGGCAGUGCACACGUACGGUGACAUGAUCCUGUACCCGUACGGUUACGCCUGGCCGUUCGUGCCAGUGACAAACCAGGCCGCACACAUUGCCCUCGGAGAGCAAGCCCGCGAUGCGGUGACCGCUGUCGGUGGUCCCCGGUAUGUCGUUGGCAAUAGUGCCGAGAUUCUGUACACGGCCAACGGUUGCAGCGAUGACUAUGCCGCGGCCGUCGUCGGCGCCCAGUUCGCUUACACACUCGAGCUGACCGGAGGUGGCAGCCAAGGUUUCGAUCUGCCCGCUUCGCAGAUUUUGGCCGUCGCCACGCAGACCUUCGAGAUCUUCCGUACCAUGGCCAAUAAUGUUUAG